AUGGCGAAAGCUUCUCGAGGAUCACGUUACCUAGAUUUUACAGAAUACUCGCAGAAAUCAUACUUCAGCAUGUCGGCGGAACAACAACAAUUUUUUUUGAAAUGGAACGACUUCCAGUCAAAUAUGGUUUCAUCAUUCAAACAUUUGAGGGAUGAAAAAAGUUUCACAGAUGUUACCCUAGCUUGUGAAGGACAGACAUGUAAAGCUCAUAAAAUGGUGUUAUCAGCAUGUAGCCCUUAUUUCAAGUCCUUGUUGGAGGAAAAUCCUUCCAAACAUCCAAUUAUAAUUUUGAAAGAUGUUCCAUACAGUCAUUUACAGGCCAUAUUGGAAUUUAUGUAUGCUGGAGAAGUAAAUGUAUCACAGGAACAAUUACCAGCAUUUUUGAAGACUGCUGAGAGGUUGAAAGUGAAAGGACUCACUGAAGCUCCACAGUCCAUAAAACGUGAAGGAUAGAAAUGUGCAGAGAGAAUUUGAACAAAAAUUUUGAAUAAGUGCAUUUUACAUGUUACAAAUAAGAGUUCACUUAUUACACAACCUGAUACUAAAUAAGCAAAGUGACAGAUGGAGACUCGCUACAUCUUAUAAUUUGAAUAGGAAAAUCUUCAGUGUGAAGGUUUGUGCUGAAGUGUCAAGUGUUGGCAGUCUAGUGAAAUUGCCAGAUAAUUCUGAAAUGAGAAGAUUAACUUCAAAAACUGGAGUGCUGUUUGGCCUGGGUUGAAAAAUUGUAUUAAAUGAUGUAACUCCUUCACAUCAUAAACGUCCGACUGAUUGUCCUGUUAAACUGUGUAUAUAUAUAUGAAGUUACCUCUCAACACAUUUCAGUGUGUUGUGCAUCAAUGCAUUUUGCUUAAAAGAGUAAUAAUUUAAAAGUGACUGGGCUUAUACAUUAUUUUUUAGAUCUGAAACCUCUUUUAAAAGGGGAAAGAUUAAUAAAUUACAGGGUAAAUAUUUUACAAAUUAAAAAUGGAUUGUUCUUUACAGAACAAUUGAACUAUUUAUUUCAACAUUUCACAGUAAGGUUUAAAUAGAUAGAUUUUAUCCCUAACAAAAGAAUUAUAAAAAAAAACUUUAAAACUUAAUUUUUCAGUAAUGCAACCAUGUAUCGAAAGCCUAUUUUGACAAAUAUUUUAAACCGUUACAUAAUGAUAAUCAUACCUUGAAUGGUUGAAAUAUCCAUUACGAAGAAUUUUGUAUUUAAGUUUGUAAAUUCUUCAAUAGUUCAAGCAAUAGUUAAUUAGUUAUUUACGAAAAUUAAUUUUCAUCAGUUAUAGGGGGGGAAUACAACAUUAAUAAGAAUUUGUGAAUAUACUGUUUUUUGUUUUUUUAAGUUUAUUUCUUACGAACAACUGUGCAAAGUGGUGAAGUAACAGAUGUCAGUAGUUUGCCAGAAUUGUAUGCUUGAACUUGACAGUUUGUGUAACUGUGUAUAUAGGUGAAUGACGAGUCGCAAACUGUUGCACGAUUAUUAUUACUAAAGAAACUAGCAAGAAUGUUGUAUAAUAUAAAACUGUCAAGACAGCAGAUACACAAUAGUAGGAUUAUUUGAUUGAAAACUUUCACCUCCGUUUUUGUAAUAUUGGACCUUUCAAAAGCUAAGUUACAGACAACAUGUUUGUACAGCAUUUUGAUAUUUCUUUCACAUUAUGGCUUGUCUAAUAGGCAUUGAGAGAUUGAGAUGUGGUUACCCAACUAGAACAGUAUACUUUUUGUAUGUGAAAAAAGACAUUUUUAUAAUGAAUAGCAUUUUGUAACAAUGUGUUGUGGAACAAAAAAAAAGACGUAUUAUUCAUAUUUAAAUUUUUGUCAUGCAUCAUCCCUUUGAGAAAGGGUCAUUUUACUUUUGGAGUGUAAUAUGAUUAUUUUAAAUUUUAUUUUUUCAUAUUGCAAAAUUAUUUCAAGUUGCAGGAAUCAUUGCACUAUGCACUAUUCCAUGUAAUAAAUCUUGAAUUUAAAUAUUACUGAUUAUUUUAAAUUUGUUUAGAAACCAUAUAAGUGGUGUAUAUUUUUUCUGUUGCCUUAUAUCUUAAAUAUAUCAGAAAUACUCAUUAGCUAACUGACAACUGGUGAUUGUCAACAGAUGUUUCAGGAAGAAUAAUUUAAAUCUAUGCCUACUUCACAUUCUGAAGAAGUAUUAGACAAAUGAAAAUUGGCAAAAUAAUUAUUUUAUAUGGUUAGAAAUUGUGUACAUCUUGUUUUCUUUGCAUGAUACCAGAAAUUUCUUGGAAAUUUUAAUUGGCUGACAUGACUGGUGAUUAAUAACUAAUUUUUCAGAAGGAAAGUAAUUUAAACUGAUAAAAUUUCUAGGCCCAUUUCACAUGUGGAAAAAAUGAUUUUUGCUAAGUUUGGCAACCUAAUUAUUUUUUGUGAAAAUGGAGGUUACGAAAGCAUUAUAAAGUACUGUCUCAAUGUUGAAUGAUAGUUUGAUCCCAGUCAGUGUUUUGGUAAUUUGGAUUUCAGUACAAAAUUCAAUGCUAUUCAUAUCUAAAAGAAGUAAAUACACAUGUUCAGAGUACAAAAUAUUCAAUUUAUUAAAAUUUCAUUCCAAUGAUUGGGUUAGCUUGUUCAUUGAGGAUCAACUAAAGUGGGAUUAUUUUAUCUGUGUUGCGCUGUUUUUAAUAUUUACAACUUGUGGAAAGAUGAGUGAUUUUCAAGUUUAGAAAUUAAUAGCUAAUAUUUUAAACAAUACCUGCUUUAUUUCUUCUUAUGAGGUUGAAUUUGUACAAACUACCAUCACCUGUUCAUUGUACCACUGCUUAGAGGGAAAAUGAGUGAAUAUUCUGAAGUGCUUAGUAUGGUAGAAAAUACUGAAUGGAGAAAACUAUUUGUGCCUCGAGUGAAAUGGACUACCCAUUAAAAUUUGUAAAUGUUGGUGUAAUGUUUUUUAGAUCGUUUUUUCUAUACUGGAGACUGAAAAUAUACUUAAAUAUUCUUAAAUGUGGAGUAGGUAAAAUGACUGCUUCCUUUCAUCCAGUUGAUUUCUAAAUAACUGGUGCUAAUUUGUAUUGUUUGUGAAGCGGCCAAACAUGAUUUUCCACUGUCUUAUGUUAUUCAAACUAAGCUUCUUUCAUACUUCAUUGUAUGCUUUAUGGUUGACUUUUUAGUAUGUAAUUUAUGUGUUGUGGUUCUGAAUGUUACUGUCAUGUGUACAUUGUGUGUAAAAUUAUAAUUUUGUUAUUUAAAUUACAGAAUAAAAUAUUCAGAAAAUACUGUGAAGUGUGGUGCUGUAAAAUCUUUUCAAUUGUUACACUGAAUGAAUAAUUACAACCAGAUAUUCCACGAGCAAAGUGGAACAAUUAAGUUUAUGUAGGAGCAAUCAGAAUUACAUUCACAAAUAUGAGUAGAGGAAAAAAAACAGGCAGGGUAACUGAACUUGAGAACUUUGAAAACAGAAACAGGUUUUUGUCACCUUAAAUUAUUUUUUAUUUUUUACCUAUUUUCACACUUGAGUGUUAGCAAAUCAUAAUAUUGAAAACUGUCACUUCCUUUUUCCCUCUCCCACCCCUCUUUUGAGUAGAAGUUAUGCCAUCCCUUACAUUAUCACAAAGAAUUUCUUUCAACAGAAUUAGCUAGGAGUGGUUAUUUUGAUUUAGGAGUAAAUGAAUAUUAAAAAAAAAUGGGGCUUCAAUUUAGCUGCAGCCUAGGGCAAGUUGCUUAUGUUUACUGCCCCAUGCAUUUUAAAACAGAAGUUUUCCAAAGACUUAAGGGCCUCUAUCAUUUGUGUAAAGCAUCAAUUAAUGUUGUAAUUGCAUGCACAUUGAGCCACCAGUUCUAUUAAACUCAUCUUUUGCUCCUGAGAUGGUAUCAAUGAGGCACUGAUGAGAAAUGCAAAAGAAAAAUUGAUAUUUCAUAUUUUUGUAUAGUUUUUGUGCAUAUUUAAAAUGUAUUUUACACUGUUAAUCAUAAAAUCCAAUAGGUAUUACAUUUAUUUCUAUCACCAUCAACUCACACAGAGAUAUUAUUUUAGACAUUACUAUCUUUGAUUUGUUUCAUGUGAUUUUUUCACAUUUGUCAAAUGGGAGAGAUGAGUAUAACCUACCGUAGACCGCCAGUUGGACAGCCUAGCCCUACGAAGAAACAAAAGGUUUCCGGGUGUUUUCUUCCAUCAAUAGAGUUUUUGCAAACCACGUAUUCGAAUGAUGGAACCCUUUCAAUUUGUUAUUUCAGAGAAAUGAGAUUUGGAAUAAGUAGUACAAGAAUGUGUAAUAGUAAUGCGUAGAACAUCUGUGCCAGAGUUUGUAGAUCUAUGCUGCAUCUUUCAAGACUCCCACCAAAUUAGAAUUGCAAUUCGUGUCUCCACAUGUGUGAUAAGAUUAGAUAGAAAUGUAUUUAUAUAUAAAUGUAAAUAAAAUGGAUAAGAAAUUACUCAGUUUUUGCAGCUGGUAUUACAUGGUGUAAUUACUGAAUACCUGAAUUUUGUGGUCAAAUAUAUAUUUGUAAAAGAAAUGGAGUAGCUUGACCUCGUUGUGGGAUACAUGGUUUUUCUCAAUUUCCGAUAUGUGACAGACAAAGAUAUCGUUCUUCAUUUUAGGUUUAUAAUAAUUAUAUUUAACAUAUAUAUUCAAAUCUGUUGUAAUAUGUGAUCGACCAAUUUGUCAGAUGACAUGAUACAAAAAUUGUUAUACAUUGGUCAAAGUACAAUCAUUAAUAAAUUAGACCUGUAGUUAAUCACAUUGUUAACAUUCAUCUUAAAAUGGCACAAUAUAUUCUACAUACUUAUGUAGUUUGAUAAAUAUUUGGACCAAUUGUCUUAAAUUGAAAAAUAAAUAAAUCCUGGAGUGGUCUUAUUUGAAACACAAUAUGAAAUUGUGGGUUCCAAAGCUUUACAACAGAGUGUUGUAAAUGCAAUAUAGUUCAGCAGAAUUGCAUUAUUUAUUUUAAUUAGUCUUGAUGUGGCACUGGACAAAUGAUUAUGAAUAUACAUUUUUCUUAAUGUUUAGGAACUGCUAUCCAUGCCAAUAUAUUAAUUCUACAAGUCCAUAUUCUACAUUCUAUCCUAGAAUAGCAUUUAUAGUAAGGGUAUAGUGGAAUAAGAUCAAAUCAGAAGUGGAUAUUAUUAUCUUAUUCUACUCCCAAAAUAAGCUUGAAAAACAUUUUUUUAUAAUUAAGUUACCAUAGUGACAUAAUAUUGAAACGUAUUUUUCUCGUUUUUGACAAUGUAUCUUGGCAGAAUUUAGGUUUUCUUGACAUGUAAUGUAAUACACUAUUCUUUAGACAAUUUUUUAAGAUAUACACUAAUUUCUUAUUAUAUUUAAGACCAACGCAAGGGACUAUUUUAACUGAAUAUCUUACUUUUUUAAAGUUUAUUUUUGGACUUUCCAGGCGAAUGCUUGAUUUAGGAACCAAAUGACUAUUUUCAUUGGAUUUCUCGUCCGAAAAUACGUAAAUAAUCGGCUGAUAGGUCAAUUUCACUUUGUGGUCAACCCCUUUUUCGAAUUUACAAACGCAUCAGUUAUAAAUCAUGGAUCAUUAUUUUGUUUUGGUUUAAUUGCAAUGUCCCUAGAUCAGUCUUAAUUUUUCACUGACAUAUUUUCAACGGAAAUACAAAUAAAAAGAGCGACAUGUAUAGACAAACAAAGAAGCAGUUAUUUCACAAUGACGGUCUUUCUAUGAUCUAAUGUAUGCCUGAUGCUGCACGAACGAGCGUUGCCAAUGAAAGGGCAGAGCAAAGGCUCUUAUUACUUUUUUUUUUUAUUGAAAAUGCGCUCUGGAUCAUCUAACAAAAAUAUUGCUACAAUCUCUAACCUCCCUAAUGAACAGUGUUUAUCAAAUAUUUGUGAUUAUAUUUUGAAAUUUUGUUAAAAAGGCAUUUUCAUUUUGUAUUAGCAAAGAUUUGACUGAACAUAUUUUGUAAUACAUCGGCUGGAAUUAACUUGUUUUGAUAUUUGAUGGAACUUACAUAAAACGUCAGAAAAGUACCAACAAUGACUGCCAACGAAAAACAUACGACAAAAAAGAAUUUCAUUGUGCAAGUCUCUUACUGUUUGCACUACUUUUAGAUAUGUUGUUGAUUGUUGUGAGAAAUAAUGCGAGUUUAGAAUGACUCAAAGGGUAUCAUUACCUUUAUACGACCCGGCGCCAUGUAUGCAUUUAUCUGAGCUCCGGGUGACUCCCAUAGAGUAGAGAUAUAUCUCUCCUCUAUGGUGACUCCGCGUCGAAGGUUGAGUUGCCGACAUUUCGACCAACAUCGCGGUCUUCUUCAGGGCCGUAGUGACCGCGAUAAGUCCGAUCACCUACGAUAUCGGUAUAUGCAUUGUAUAUAUGAGAUAUAAGUCUAAGAAGGAAAAAAUCGAAGUGAUUAUGCCAGCAAAAAACAAACGGAGAGAUCAACGUUUUUCGACACCUGAAGAAGCGGUUCAGAAAGCAUAUUUUGGAGAUACCUCAGAG